CAUCGGGCCAGAGAGUGAAACGUGACCAUUAUCAGCUAUAAUCUGCAUAACACUAGCGCAGUCACGCAUAAAAUGUUUUUGUUUUAAAAGAACAAUGAAGAAGAACACUAAAUGUGUGAAAUAAUGACAAUUGACGACACCAUGAACCCCUGACCGAUACGCGGUCAAUAUAACUAUUGCGACGGAUGCACGAGGCCGAUAUUCGCUGGAAAGACGACCAAUAUGUGUAUAUUUUUUUUAACAUUAACCAAUGAACUGCUUCAUUGACCCAAGUCUUCCCAAGGGUACUUGAUUGUCUGUAAUCGUCGGACCUUGUCAGUGCGAUAAGGCUGCAUGGAACCUCUGCUGUGACUUUUCUUUCCAGUAGGUCGUAUCAAAAUUAUUUCACGGAUAGUACACAUAAGAUCAGUUCCAUUCCCUCACCAUUACGUCCGCUAAAAGACAAAGACCCUUAAUCUCGAUUAUUCAUUGCUGUCGGUAGGGUGUUCGAAAGAAUAAUUUGCGAUCUUUCAGUCCCGGGGGAGGUACUCCUCCCGGGUACUCCUACAUACUGGCUAUAUAUGUAUGUGCCGCGGUUUUUGAGGUUCCCGAUCCUUAAAUAGGGUAUCAUUUAAUUUGGCCCCCUGUUGGCAUUGUGUUCCCCGGUGUGAUCCUUAGAUAGGGUACCUAAAUUGUAUCUAAUAAUAUUCCACUGCGUCGACGCCUGGCUAAACGGAAAUGAAAAUUUAUGCCCAAUGUUACAGACACGAAAUAAAGCUGACCCAAUUACUCCGUUCUUAGUUUUUGUUAUUCCCUUGAACAGGGUGUCAUUUUUAUUGGGAAAAAUACUUCAAGUAAGCGAAAUGUUAGUCCCUGAUCGAAAGCGUAGCCAUCAGAUAUUUUCGUCAGCUGGACACAAUAUGACGACAUAAUAAAAUGUCGUAACUGAAUCUAUUGAAUUUCUCAUUGUUAACCAAAAAUGUAUGAAAUCCUUCAUCGAACCAAAUUUUGCUCGUUAGAGACUAAGAAUGGUCAAUUAGACCAGAUCUAUGGCGAAAAAGAAAGUUUUCGAGAAAAUUUGAGCUUUUCUUUAACUCCAUUAACUUCGUGUAGAGAGUACUUCCGCCCCAACCCUCUCCCACCCCGGGCUUUUAGCCAACUGUCAAUCAGGUUUUAGAACGCUUAACAGCAGAUUUAUGAAUAUAGAUAACAGUUUCAGAAGUGAUGUAAUAUUCAUAGAAUUACAAUUAAUUUUUACAAACCAAAAACACCCACUCACCAAUUUUUAGACGUUAUGUCAUCUUCAGGGCAAGAAAUGACAUAACGUCGAAAACGUUUGAUUUCUUAUUUUUUUAUUACUAUUAUUCUUUUAAAUGUAUCCUUUAAGCGUUGUAAAAAAUCUUUUCAAAAAAUUAUUGGGUCUUGUGUUAAAUACAUAUUUCUAAUUUACCGUUCUGUAAUGUAGGAUCGACAUGCCGAUGGUUACGUGAUGCCAGCGGUUGAUUCCCAGCAAAACUAUCACUUGAUUUCCCUGACGGAAGACAGCGGCAAAACCGCAAUGAAGUUUUCAAGAAAGUUUGACACUUGCGAUUCAGAAGACAACAAAAUUGAGGCAGGAACAACCAAAGUUAUUUAUGCUUAUAAUCCAGACGAUCCUUCCUCGGAAAAUAGCAUUCCAGGUCACAAUCUCAAAAACAUGGGAUCGAGAAGCCUCUUACUACUGAACAGUCUUGAAAAAAUGCCAACCUUACCAUCUGACACUGAAACAUUCGAAAUACUGCACGACAAGAUGGCCAUUCCAAAGGGACGAACCAACUACCUGUGUGCCGUAUUUGAGAUGCCAAAAUUUAACGAAACCCACCAUAUGAUUAAGGUUGAGCCGGUCAUUCAAGCAGGUCAUGAAGGCGUGGUCCAUCACAUGUUGUUGUACGAGUGCAGCGAUACUUUCCCAGAUCACCAUCUGAAUUAUACCGGUCGCUGUUAUACUCGUAAUAUGCCUCCAGCGGUCGAAGACUGUACAGGAGGAUCAUCUAUAGCCGCUUGGGCCAUUGGUGGAAAAGAAUUCUAUUAUCCUGAGAACGCUGGGUUUCCACUCGGAAGGGCUGACAGUCCAAAGGUUGUGAUAUUGGAGAUACAUUACGACAAUCCUGAGGAGAAGGAAGGUACCCUGUUGCAGAUUGCGCUAAUCAUUAUUGUUGAGCCGGUCAUUCAAGUAGGUCAUGAAGGCGUGGUCCAUCACAUGUUGUUGUACGAGUGCAACGAUACUUUCCCAGAUCACCAUCUGAAUUAUACCGGUCACUGUUAUACUCGUAAUAUGCCUCCAGCGAUCGCAGAGUGUACAGGAGGAUCAGCUAUGGCCGCUUGGGCCAUUGGUGGAAAAGAAUUCUAUUAUCCCGAAAACGUCGGAUUUCCACUCGGGAGGGCUGACAGUCCAAAAAUUGUGAUAUUGGAGAUACAUUACGACAAUCCUGAGGAGAAGGAAGGACUGAUUGACAGUUCUGGUAUGAGAAUUUACCACACCAAGCAAUUGAGGAAAUACGACGCAGGAGUUCUUCUGGUCGGAGCAGGUGUUGACUAUACUAUGCUUAUCCCGCCAAGACAGAGAGACUGGCAAACCAAUGGCUUCUGUACCAAGGACUGUUCAAUGAAGGUACGGGAAACAUUUACUAACUUUUUUUCUGAUCCAAAGGGAUUUAAAGAAACGAAGCUACCUAACGGAGGGAUCAAUAUCUUCGCUACGUUGUUGCAUACGCAUCUGGCAGGCCGAAAAACCUGGCUUCGUCACGUUAGAGAUGGUGUGGAGCUUCCUGAAAUAGCCAGAGAUGACCAUUAUGACUUCAACUUUCAGGAAUAUCACUUACUGAGGAACGAGGUUCACGUAAAGCCGGGUGAUACAAUGAUAAAUGUCUGUAUCUAUAAUACGGAAGAUCGAGCAACAGGCGUACAGGGAGGUCUUGCAACAACUGAUGAGAUGUGCCUCUCAUUUAUCCUGUAUUAUCCCAAAGUCAACGUAACAAAGUGUAUGUCGAGAGAAAAACCGGCCUAUAAUGCCUGGUCUAAAAAAUAUUACAAACAAGGUGACGAUCCAAGAAAACCUAGCUGGUGGACUGAUGCAGUGAACACGGGGCUAAAGGACGCUUAUCAAGAAGCCGACCAAAUGGUGGCAAAGUGCUCUGGGCGUUCUAAUAAACCAAUAGAGGUAAUAAGCAAGAGUUACUCAGUAGGAUCAUUUCCCCUCCCCCCUGGACUGAAUGCCUGUCAAAAGCAGGGCUAUCCCCAGAAUUAUACUCGCUGGUACCAAUUUAUACACCUGGGUGGAGAGAGGCACUGUGAGAGUAAAGUGUCUUGGCCACUGUGCAAUGUCGCCGGACCGCUCGAUCCGGAGACGAGCGCACUUACCAUGGGACCUCCGUGCCUCCCUCAGAUUUCCCUUCCAACGCGAACUUAGCUGUAUACAAAUCAUAAAUGAUUCUUGCUGAUCAC